AUGACUCCUCAAUGGUGGCAUUUCUACGUUGAUGGUUGUACUAGCAGUCCAUGUUUAGACUACUGCAUUAGAUAUGGAAUACAAUUAACUGACAAACAAAAUCAAAAAAUAACUUGCUGCGAACAGAAUAGACAAAUAGCUUGCUGUUACUCGUGGGAAAAUAUUACAGAUUACUACCUACCUGUUUUAAGAAAUUCUCAAAUCGAGGAAAUUAAUACUCAGGCUAUGAAUUUCCAAUCCAACAGUCAAAACUUUCAACAGAUUGAGAAUCAACUUAUCCAGCAUAAUAGUUCCAAUAUCUAUAAUCAAAACUCUCAACAAAACAAUUUACAAAAUGAAUACUCACAACAAAUUGUUUCCCAAAAUCAAGCACUAAUUACGAUGAUGCAAAACUUAUCUAAUAAUACUUCUACUAUUCAAGAUACUCUUCAAACUAUGCUUCAUUCUCAAAAUACACUUCAGUGUCAUAACAACGAUACUAUUACUCUUCAAACCAAUUCUCAGUCCCCAACUAGUGGUAUUAACAAUUCUCAAAAUACAUUUCAGCCUUCGGAUUCCCCGAUCAAUACAACUCUUACUCAAAGUCAAGAUUCAAUCCAUCAAAUCAAUCUUUGCGAUUCUUGCAAGAGGAGAAAUUUUCCUGAUCAAGAUCUAUCUUUGAGCAACAACCAAAUUAAUAUCUGUGAUUCUUGCGUGAAGAGCAAUUUUCCUAUUCAACCAAAUUUAUCUGUUUCUCAAAUUAAUAACCAGAUAAUUUCCCAUAAUUUCACUAAUCAAAAUUUAACUUCUAAUCAAAAAACAACUAUGGAUCAAAAUAUUUCAAAUUGCACCAACAAUGUAAAUAUCAACUCUUCCUUGUGGAAACUUGGAUAUAUUAUCAUCUUUGUCGUAUCUGCAUACGAACAAAUCGAAGCAUUGUUCUUUACUAUAAAAAUAGAUUUAGGUCAAUUCGUUAAAAUCUUGGGCCUUACUAUACUUGGUGGUAUCGUGAAUUGGAUCAUGAAACAAAGAAAUGCUAACCAUGGAAUAGAUCAACAAACAUAUAAUGUAUUUACUGUAUCACAAGUAGCUACUAUUUUGACUGAAGAUAGCAACACAUAUGAGUUUCAAAAACAAAAUGUAAUAAUUUAUCCUUAUUCUAGAAAUCUCCAAUUUAUAUCCAAAAUUAGUAGCUUAUAUGAUCCUAUGCAUGAACUGCAAUUUGAUAAAUCACAUAGAUUUAACUCAAAAAGAGUAAUAGCAAGACAAUAUUAUGCAUACCAAUUGGAGAUGCAAGAAAAAUCCUCUUCUUUAAUUCCCUUAGAUAGCUGA